AUGGCGUCGUCUCUCGCCGCGCAGCUGUCGCAAGUUGCGGCCAAAGCAACCCAUCAGUUCGACCUGAAAGCCCAGAGAUCAGCUCACGCCCAAUCGCUGAUAUUUGAAAAGAAGGUUGCUAGUACACAGGAUUUUGAUACGAUUUACCAGUUGUACUAUGAAGGGUUCCAGGAAUUAUGCGCUCUCGACCCUCGAUUUCAGCCCUUCCGCCAAAAUCUUUUCAGUGAACAGAGCAAAGUCGAAGACAGAAGCCAGAUGACAGCCGCGCAAAAUAAGGAACUAGAUGUUGUCAUAGAAGACUUCCUGGCGUUGGCUGGUGGUCGACUUCUUCUCAACCCGGCCGUGAAGGCUGUGGACUGGCUUGUUCGUCGAUUUCGCGUACAUGAACACAAUACUCGUGCCAUGAUUCUUACGUUUCUGCCUUACCAUACGACGCCCUUAUUCCUCAAUCUUCUGUCCAUCUUGCCGGAUAACCUGACGACCACCUUCAAGAUUCUACAUCCAUAUAAGCGAAGCUUGAUUCUGCCUACACGAACCUCCAUUGUACACAGUGCCUCAACGAAUAAAGAGUUUUUCUCUGCCUUGAAUAGCCAUGUUAUGCAGGUCAGCAAAGCUAGAGCGCAUUAUCAAGGCCUGAUUUCUUUCUGGGCCGGUAUUAUGACGGAGGCUCUCUCCACAAUGUUUGACUCCGCGCAAUCAGGGAGAACAGAAGUCGAACGCCGAAAUAAGGAAGAUGUUUUAAUUAGUAUUUUACCAACGCUUAGCACCGGUCUGUCAUUGAAAAAGGCACCGCAGCUUGUUAUUGCUUGCUACAUGCUGUGUGUUGUCUUGGCCAACAAGGGCUCUCUAAGUGACAGUGCUAUCGAUAGCUUGAUGGAGGCUGUGGCAGGAUCUUGGACCCGGGACACCAUAACUUCAGGAAUCACAUGUCUCGCAGUGAUCUUUCGACAAAAGGAACAACUACAGCUUCCAAAACCUGUGGUCAAGUCAAUUCUUCGGCUGGAGGAUGCGGCUGAUGUAUUUUCAGGUCUCGCAACAACUAAUUCAAUAGUCCGUCUGCUCUCUGGCCUGGCAAAUGUACUCCUAGAACUUGAUAAUGGGGAAAUUGCAGCUAAGUCUGUAUCUCUUGUUGGCCAGGUGCUCCAGAGGGAUUCAAUGGGCACGGAGGACAAAAAGCAGGUGAUAAUAGCACUCCUAAAGACUAUUGAGAAAUCCCAUGGUAAGGGUUGCAUGUCGGAGGAAGUACGCCAGCUUGCAUCGGAUACGCUUGCAACGUUUGUCGAGUCCAGGGAACUUGACCCUGUACUUCAGAAAGCAAUCGCUGAAUCCAACAUCGAUAUCAAAGCCUUGGAAAUGACUCUUCAGCUCGCCAUUGAUAACAACGUGGGGCCUGCAGAAAUAGAAGACGUUGAAAUGGAGGAUGGCCCUGAGAGCAACGCCCAAGAUGAGGAGUUUGCAGCCGCAAUUACAUCUCUAUCCCAGCGGCGGAGCCAAAAACCAGAAAAUUUCCUCGUCGAGUCCCCUUCGCCUCUCUUUAGCGAGCUGGUUGUUUGUUUCACCCAAGCAACGACAUCCGCGAAUAAACUGGGGGCAUUCCUCAAUCUACCAAUCCUUCGCAGAGAUACCAGAUUCAAGGACCCGACUUAUUUCUCUUUUCUUGUGCGGUAUUUUUCCGGCCCUCACCCACCUCUGGCUCGUACCAAGGCCAUCAAUAUAACUACAACAUCCGUUCUUGAGUCAAAUGGCAAAGCUGUUGACCUACAGGCAUUGAUUCCAUAUUCGAUAUCUGCCCUCUCUGACCCGUCAAUACUAGUCAGAAGAGAAGCGGCUGCACUCCUGACUUCCAUCGAUAACCAAUAUUUUUCCCCUGACAUUGAGGAUGCGCCUUGGGGCCAAGGUAUCAUAUAUGGUGACAACGAACAGUCAAAAGCUGUACAGUGGCUACCUGGAAAAGAUCUUCAUGCCGUCAUCGAUAAAGGGUUUCUGCCUGGUUUAGAGGAGUGCAUCCUCGAUUACUCUCGGGUCUCCGAAACAUUUAUGCAGACCAUUAAAGGAACUUCAGAUGGUGGAUCAGAGCUGAAGAAAUCAGCUCGCCGGGAUUUCUUCUCCUUCAUUUGCUCACAUAUCAUCAAUACGCCGCUCUUUGCUACAAAGCUCAGACUCCUGUCUAUUGUCAACAGAGUCAGCAAAAUUGGGUCUACUCCCCGUACUCAAUUCUUGUCGCCCAUGCUCGAGCAAUGCAGAGCAAUUGAUUCGGAGAAAAUAAAUCGUAUCAAUACUCAAGAACACGUUUCAAUACAGGAGAUAGAGCAACAAGCCCUCUCCAUCAUCUAUCCAAAAGAUCCAACUACCAUAUCUACCCUUCUAUCAUUAUUGAAGGACAGCCCUCGCUCCACGAGACCUUCGUUCAUUGGAGCUAUUUUUGGCCGUAUGAAAGAUACCUGGCCAUUCUUAGAUGAGGAGAAAGAGCUUUUUGCAUCAGAGACUUUGCUGGAUAUGUGUCUUUCUACUAAGCCCCAAGCCGAGGACCUAGCCGAUUCUAGCAAAGAACUCUUACGGUCUGUGGACUUAUCGGGACCGGUUAUUUCCAAAUUUCUCGGCACCGUAACUUCGGCUUCUUUCAAUAUUGAAUCUCAAUCACCUGCACCAAAGAGACGAAGAAUGAGCCAGAGCAACUUGGCCGCCAUGAACCCAGCCAGCAGGGAAGAAGCAAACGUUCCUCUUCGGAGAGUUUCAUUUAUUCUUGAGCUGAUUGACUCUUCCCAGCCUGAGCGAUUCCCCGAACUGCUUGGUGGUCUAUUCCAAACUCUUGCCAUUGUUCAUAAAUUAAAGCUUCAAGUUCGGUCGGAAAUGAGCUACCUUCUCAGCCUCAACCUUGGUAUACUGCUAUCCAUUGUCAAUAAAUACAAGGGAUCACCAAAGAAACUCGAUACCUCUGUCAUCAGAGCUGACCUUAUUAUCGACUGUGUUCGUACAUCUGAGAGCCAACAAGUUCAGAACACUGCUCUCCUUCUUGUUGCAGCCCUGGCGACAGUGGCUCCUGAAAUUGUUCUACACAGCGUCAUGCCCAUCUUUACCUUUAUGGGCUCAAGCGUCCUCCGAAAAGAUGACGAAUACUCAGCCCUUGUUAUUGACCAAACCAUUGACCAAGUCAUUCCUCCUCUUGUCCGUUCCCUCCGAGUUCAAAAGAGGGAUGUGGUUACAGGAACGUCCGAGCUACUGUUGUCUUUCACCACUGCAUACGAGCAUAUUCCCUCAUAUCGCCGUCUCAGGCUCUUUGAAUCACUAGUGAACAAACUUGGCCAGGAGGACUUCCUCUUUGCUGUUUUGGCUAUGCUGGCAACCAAGUAUGGCAUGGAUCGGGAUGUUCUAGUCACUAUGACUGCGCUUGCAUCGAAUGCAGAGGCUCAACUUCAGCUCACUACGUAUGCCCGGUACUUGAGCCUAGUCCAGGACGCACUUCAGCCAAAGCCAACGCUCUCACGCGUUCUUCUUGGAAUUGGAAGUGAAGAUGGAAGAGAACCCCACAAGGUUGCUGUUGAUUUGCUUCAGACAUUAUCCCAUCUGCUCAAGUUCACUUCUCUUGGCAAUAAGAUGGUUCAGUACUUCGAGUCAGACGAUACAGAAGAUGCCAAAAAGGUUCACAACUUAUUCUCUAGUAUGCUAGAGCGUCUUCUAGCCUUGGGUGAAUCCGUUCGUUCCAUCAAGGCCAUCAACAUCGCCUGUGGCGAUGCCCUCGCUACCUUGCUAGGCACACUCUCCAUUGUUGAUUUUAUUGACACUAUCGAGGUACUACUGCAGAGGCCGAAGGAUGACCUGCGCAGACAAGUCCUUCGACUACUUGAGAAUCGUCUGGACAAUAGCAAUGACAGAGAUACAGCAUCCCAAUCAAAGGCUCUCUCUUUCCUGUCUGUUCUUGUGGGUAUUGUCGAAACUUCUCCCGAUAUACUGUUGAAACAUGCGGCCGUUGCCUGUAUGGAGAAGAUUUCAGAAAAGUACGGCAAGAAGAAUCCAGACAAGGUUGUCGAAGCUGCAAUUGUGGUUGCUGGCGAGAAGUGCAUGGGGCUAACAGACAAUCGCAUCCGUAUCAUGGGCUCAUUGUGCCUUGCAUCCAUGACGGAGGUCAUUGCGGAUGCCAUAAUACCUGUUCUUCCUACCGCCCUCCCUCGCUCCUUGGAUCUGUUACAAAGCAGUAUUCAGGAUGGGGAACAAAACUCGGAGUUGCACGAUGCCGUUUAUUCGCUACUCUCUGCACUACUGGUUCAUAUUCCUUACAUGAUCUCACCAGAGGAUUUGGACAGAAUUCUACAGCUCUCCUCAAGUUCAGCCCACGCCAGCUUAUCUGAAGAUUCUGAUGGUAAUCGACAAGAGGCACUUCAGCUAUUGGCGAAACGGGUUGAUGCAAAGGAGGUUUAUAAUGCAGUGGAGCGCAACUGGGACUUCACAGUCUCAAGGGGCUCGAAGGCCGCCAAAGAAACUCUCGAAAUUGUUAAGUUAUCAAUUGAGAAACAUCCCAAGUCUGAUACUAUCAAUAAUGUUCCCGCAAUCUCGAAGCUUCUGUGGAAAUUAUUCGAUUUCCGAAGAGCUCAGCUCAGCUCACCUGCUGGUGAUAGAUUUGAGGAAUACCAGAUUGAUGACAUCGAGGCUUGCAUCAAUGACCUAACGAUUAAGAUGAUAUAUAAACUGAACGAUACCAUAUUCCGCCCGCUCUUCAUGAAACUCACAGAGUGGGCUACGGAGGAAUUAGACAAAUCGGAUUUCUCCGGCAGACAAGCAAGACUUACGACAUUCUACAAGUUCCUCGAGACUUUCUUUGGCACCUUGAAGUCUAUUGUAACUGGUUAUUCUAGCUAUAUCCUUGACAACGUUGUCGACAUUCUGAAAAAUGUGCGGCCAAACACAAAGGAAAACCAGGCAUUAUGGACAGCCGUUAUGCGAACACUUCGAAGCUCAUUUGAGCAUGAUCAGGACGAAUUCUGGCAAUCCCCCAGUCACCUCGGAUCAAUUUCCAGUCACCUUAUCAAUCAGCUAUCCAUAGCUACUAGCAAAUCCUCCUUCAAACUAGCCACAGCCGAAGCAACUCCAACUAUUGUCGCCCUUGCGAUUGCAGCAGACUCCCCCGAUAAUCAAAAGGAGCUGAACACAUAUAUUAUGAAAUAUAUGCGCGCCAGUGGCGGCAAUGCAGAUUCCUGCAGAGGCGCCAAUUCGCUUACGCGACUUGCGGCUGUGAAAUGUGAACAAAGCCUCACUGAAGAGCUAGGGGAAGAGUGGCUUGCCUUGCUGCCUGAGAUGCUGCCAUUCAUCAGCGAAUUGAUGGAGGAUGAUGACGAAAAUGUUGAAAGAGAGGUCAGGAAAUGGGUGCUAAUGAUCGAAGAUAUUCUGGGAGAGAAGUUGGAUGAUAUGCUUGCGUAA